CUAUAAAUUUCCAUAUCAACCCUUCAACAAAUUUAAUGGCUUGUUACCUACCUAUCCCCACUAGUGUGCUACUCCUCUGUCCUUCGCCCAACUACCCAAGUUGGCAAAGAGUAAAGAGUCUCGUACAGUUCCUGAACUUAUAUCAUUUUCCAAACACCCCACCAAUCCAGUGAAAUGGGAACCAAACACUUUGAGAUGGAAAAUCAAAUCCAAAGGAAACCCAGAAUUCUCUGCCUCCAUGGCUUCAGAACAAGUGCUGCCAUCCUCAAGAAACUGGUCGGCCGAUGGCCGGAGACCAUGCUCGGAAAGUUGGACCUUGUGUUCCUCGACGCGCCUUAUCCCGCCGGAGGAAAGUCCGAUGUAGAAGGCAUCUUUGAUCCUCCUUACUAUGAAUGGUUCCAAGCUAACCAGGACUAUACAGAGUACUACAAUUUUGAAGAAUGUCUAGCAUACCUAGAAGAUUAUAUGAUAAAGCAUGGACCUUUUGAUGGUGUACUAGGAUUUUCCCAGGGGGCUAUUUUGACGGCGGCCUUGCCGGGAAUGCAAUCGGAGGGAGUGGCUCUUACAAAGGUUCCAAAGAUAAAAUUUGUGAUAAUAAUAUCAGGGGCUAAGUUUGGAGGAUCUAAGUUUGGGUUGCCCAAGCUUGCUGCUAAUGCAUUUUCCUCUCCAGUCAAGUGCCCCUCCCUCCACAUUAUAGUUGGUCCUCAAAAUGCUUGCAGCCGAAAAUGGAGACUAAAACUCCGGAGAAUCCGAGGAAAGGAACAAUGAGGCCUCCUAAACGCCAAAAAAAAACUCGCUAGGUAAGGAGACUAUGUUCUUGGAUGCUCAUCAUCCUUAGAAGUUUAUGAGCAAUUUGAAGCAUUUUUGUAUAUUAACAUGCAAAUGUUUAGCAUGCUUUACUUUUAAAGUUAUAUUUUUGUAUACCAUGGGUGUAUGGUAUUUUGGA